AAGAAAAUGUGAUCACGUGAAGAGACGAAUAUGCGAAGACGGAAAGACGUUGAAUGUGCCAUUGAAGUCAAGUGCGCUUUGUUUUAUAGGGACCCGAAGAAAGGGCAAGAAAAGGAAGGGGGGAAAGAAGGCACACAGACGUUCGUUUAGCAGUCGAUGUAUGAUGUAUCGCUAUGAUGAUCUGGCAGCGGUUAAACGCAUUCCUGGCACGAUUAUACGAUCCGAUCGAUCGAAUAGAGAACCUUUUCCUUAAGAUGAAGAAUAUCUCUAUGAUGACGAACCAAAUAAUAUUCCUAAUGCUGGCUGAUCGUAUUUUUAUAAGAGAACCGAAAAUGACGUGUCUUUACACGUUGAUGUUUUACAACGUUGUUACUUAUAGCAUUAGCUAUAUUAAGGAAUUGAUCGAAAAGGAAGAUUGGUCGCUCUAUGUGACUCUCACAGAAAGAUCGAAAAUUAAACAUUUAGCUAUGUCCGCUACCAAAAUAGUGUUCGAAUGGACCAAAGCUGUCACCUUUAUCGUAACAUUAACAUUCAUGCUUCUUGUCUUUGGCUUGGAGCAAGGUCUUGAGCAUUACAAACCAUCGAUGAAUUACACGAUGAUAACGUGGAUCUAUUAUUUGGCAACGGAAAAAGUCUUCGUUGAGAUGUUUCCGCCAAUCUUGAAGUUUCUUCGUUUCGACACUUUUGAAAAUCUUGAAGAGCUUUACGCUCCAGUGAUAUUGAAAUCAUUUACCAUUAGCGUUUCUGCGUUUCUUAUUAUAAUACUUUUGCCACUAGCAUCCUACAAACUUUUAUUCAUCGCUACUUAUACGAACAUUUAUUUAAGAUUGAAAGAUCUAUUACAAAUAUCCGGCCCUGCGUUAAGUCUUGAACGUGAAAUAUUAAAUCGUUAUAGAAAAGCAACGCCUAAGGAAAUUAAACAAUUCGAUGAUGUGUGCCCUGUUUGCCUUUGCGAUAUGGUCAGUGCGAGAAUAACACCUUGUUACCACCUUUUUCAUGCAAGUUGUUUACGUCGGUGUCUCAAGACCAACAAUACCUGUCCUAUGUGCAAAAGAGAAUUAACAUUUGGAUCGGUAUCAACUCAGUAGUAAACGUAACCGUCAUAAAUGUUACCGUUAUGAUUCUAUCGAUAAAAUCGACAAAUUCCGUAUAACAAUUCCACUCUGAUUAAAUACCUCAUCCACUCGACCGAUUAACUUUUGAUAAUAUUGGAUAUUUAUAUUACAAAUUAUUGACAAAUCCUCUAAACCGCUUGAUAUUCGUAUAAAUUAAAUAUUGAUAGAAAGCAAAGUUAUUACAUUCAUGUCCGUUUAUAAACAUCGAUAAAACAGAUAUAACUCGUCGUAUAAUUGUACAUAAAAUAAUAAAUGAUCUAAUGUAUUAACAGGAUUGCAAAUUUAUAUUCUAUUUGAAUUACAAAUUGAUUUUUCUGUCAGAUGUAUUAUUUCGUUUGUCAACUGAUAAAUCGAAAAUAAUAAAAACAACGAAAAUUAACGAGAA